UUGUAUUUUAUGAACUAUUAAUAAUUAAUUAAUUCUGUCAAGCAUUCCUAUUUCCUAUAAUAUAAGAUUGUAAAACUAUAAAAAAAUACGUCGGAUACAAUAAAGAAGUAAUAGAUACGGUUGAUGAGAUAAUUCUGUCUUAAGGGCGCAUAAAUUACAUAUAAAAUAAUAAUACAUUUAAAAUGUUACUUACCCUGAUUUCUAUUUUCUGAUAUCCAAUGAAAUUUAAUUUAAAUAAUUUCGAAAUCGAAUGUUAGAAAUAACACAAGACGAAAACAAAUUAAUAAUUAAUAUAAAUCUGCUCAUUUUAGUUAUAAUGGAAAUAAUAAAUGCAAAUACCGCAUUUCUAUCAAAUUUUGAAGUUAUGCAAAUUUUGCAACAAUUGAAAGAUAAUACUCAAAAAAAGCACAAGAGAGAAGCAUCUCUAGCAACUGUUACAUAUGAGACUGUCAGAUAUUUACAAGACACGGAAUGUCAACAUCAAAGUAGUGAAAAAAUUAAGAAUUUCUUGGAAUCAUUAAAGUCAUUUAAAUUGACCAAAUUAGAAAAAUUAAUGAUGGUCAAUACACCACCUAGGACAGAACUUGAAAUACAACUGAUUGUUCAAGAGAGUGAAGAACGGUUAUCAGAAAAUGAUGUAAAGCUGAUUAUUGGUGCUGCAAAUGAAAUCUUUCCACAAGCUAGUUAAUUAAAUGGUCUACAGGACCAUUGUUUUUUUUUAUUAAAAUUCA